AUGAUCGUUUACUUGUGGAACCUCGCCAACUUGGGGUUCCCACAGGCUCCUGUUCAGGGUCAUGUUGCUCCACCUGCAAGACAACAGGGACCAAACGUGCUAGACAAUAGGUGUAGGGCUACUCGUGAGUGCGUUGGGUCUCGAUACAGCCAACCCAUAGGGGCCGAAUUCGAGGAGGGUAUGGGGUUGGACGAGGAUCAGCAAAAUAAGAAUGAUGAUGAUGGGGAUGGGGAUGAGGGUGGUGGUGGCGGUGCAAGCAGUGAAGGUCAUCGAGGAGGUUGGGGUCACAGUGGAGGUGGGUCUGAUUGGGAUUGGAGAGGUGGUGAGGGAGGUUGGAGAGGGGGUGGCGGUGGCUUUGGUGUAAGGGGUAGGAGCGGGUGGGGUGGUUGGGGAGUGGGUGGCAGUGGCUCAAAUGUAGGAGGGGGUGAUGGAAGAGCUGGUGUGGGAGGGGGUGUUGGUGGCUCUGGAUGGGGAGGGUCAGGUAAUUCUGGAGGAACCGUUGCUGGGGAGCUGGGGUUGCUGGUGGGAAUGAAGGAGGAACUGAGGAUUCCGAGUUUGGUGGGGGUUUAG